GGUAGUAGAGGCCGUCCUGCGGGAGCGCCAGCCCCUCGGCGCCCGAGAACUGCGUCCCGCUCCUCAGAAACGCCUCUUCUUUCUUCGCCUCCCAGCCUAGCCCCUGCCCCUUCGUCCAAGCGCCUGCGGAGAAACGGGGGCCUGUCGGCGCUCGGGAAGACGAUCCUGGAGGAAGGAUCCAGGCCCGGGACUACCGAGAGGACCCAAGCUCCAGGCCUGGGGUCUUUCCUACCAGUCCCACCCCCAACACACAUCUCCCUGGGAGGGAGAGCAAGCGAGGCAUAGGUACUCAGACCCCGGGGCCUGAGUAUGUCUUGGGAAGAGGAGAGGAGACAGCCAGACAACCAGGAAGGAACCUGGAGCUUUCAGGACACAACAGCAUCGCGGGAACAGUGGAAAGAGGACCAGCAAAGAGGCAGACAAGGCAUCCCCGCCAGGGACAGCCAAGCCAACUGAGCAGGAUGAGACAAGAGAGCCCCAGGCGUAGCUAGAGGUCUGUGCCCUUACCUAUAUGGCGGGAGCUUGGGGCUGGGGGGGCUCCUGCUCCUGGCUCUGGUCAUUGUGUCCGCCUGUCUGUGUCGGCUCCAUCGGAAAGGCCCAGCUCUCAGAGCAAGAGCUCCACUAUGCAUCUCUGCUGCCUGUGCCCUGGAGGGAGAGGCCUGACCUCAGCCACAGGGAAGAUGCCAAGGAGGAACCCAGCACCGAAUAUGCCUGCAUUGCCAAGAACUAAGCCACCGGAGCUCCCCCAGAUGCCUCCCUGAAUCCAGGCAGACCCUGUGGUCCACCCAGUAAAAACCAUGUCCCGCCA